CCGUUUCACGUUAGUUCCUUUUAAUGUUGACUUUUGCUACAGUCUAAGUUUAGAGUGCUAGCAGACAUCACGUAUUUGAUGUACAGUGUAGUACACAUGAUUUAUGUGUCUGUAAACUGAUAUGAUAGCUUGUUUGAAGUGGCGGGAAACAUGUCUGGAUUCAGUAAUGAGCUCAUAGAUUACCUCGAGGGUAGAAUAACUUUUGAAGAGUUCGACAGAAGGAGAGACGAGCGGAAAGCCAAGUCAGGGGAGGUAGCUGAAGAUGUGGAAGACGUUGUGCUCCCUUCGACGUCCGGACUCAUCUCAACGAAGAUCGAGGAUGGUGUUAGCCCAGGAGUCCAGCUGGCCUUUGCCUCCAUGCUAGGAGAAACUGCUGAACCACAAUCUUCAGAGGAUGAGGAGGACAGCCUGAGCUAUGUUGAUGAUGCACAUGAUAAGGAUUACAUUGCAGACAAAGAAGAGUGGCAGGCAGAGGAGACAGGGAAGAGGCCAAGACAAGUGGGGAGACAAGAGGGAAAGAACAAGAGUAAAGCUAAAGAAAUGGCAGAAGAUGUGACUGUAGGAGAUGUGUUUGCACUGGAGAUGGAGCUGAAUCGAGAAAACAAGAAGAUGAUGAAGGGGCGUCGUCAUGGCAGCAAGCUGCCCCGGGCUCUGAGAGGCUUGAUGGGAGAAGCAAACAUUCGCUAUGCAAGAGGAGAGAAAGAGGACGCCAUCUUGAUGUGUAUGGAGAUCAUAAGACAGGCUCCUCUGGCAUAUGAGCCUUUCUCCACGUUGGCUAUGAUCUAUGAGGAUGAAGAGGACAUGAGCAAAGCGCUGCAGUUUGGCCUGAUUGCUGCCCACCUCAACCCCUCGGACUGUGAGGAGUGGAUCAGACUGGCUGAAAUGUCUCUGGAGCAGGACAAUAUCCAGCAAGCCAUCAUUUGCUACAGCAAAGCUAUCAAGUACGAUCCUACCAAUGUGCGCUAUCUGUGGGAGCGCUGCAGCCUACAGAUGCGCCUGGGAGAGCACAAACAGUGUAUGGAUGGCUACCGCAGGAUCCUGUCACUUCUGCCGCUGGAGGAUGGAGAGCACUUCAUACAGCUCUCCAAAGACAUGGCCAAGAGUUACUAUGAAAGUAGUGACCUGCCCUCAGCUCUGAGUGUGAUUGAGGAAGCUUUGGCACGACACCCCGACCUGGUCAGCGAUGACUUUAUCAACAUGGCAGCUGAGCUUUAUAUCACCAACCGGCAGUACAAGAAGGCCCUGCAGGUCUUGGUGCAGUUUGUAGGCAUUGUUUUGGUCAGAAGUGAAUCCACUUCAGAUGUUAUUCCACCAACACAAGAAGAGAAGAUUAAAGAGGAGAGCACUGAAGACCAGGAGAAGCAAAAUGCAGAAGGGACACAGUUACAGAAGGAAGAACAAAUUGCAGCAGAGGAGAACGGUGAAAUUGUGGAUGUACAGGUACCAGACAGCGUCCCAGUGGACCUGAGGACCAAGUUAAUUGUGUGCUUCAUACACCUACAUGUCUACACACCCACCGAGGGCUUGGUUUCAACACUGAUGGAGCAGAGUCCAGAAGAGAUUGGUGACUUGUACCUGGAUGUCGGUGAAGCGUAUCUGGAAGAGGGCAAGUACAUGUCUGCUCUGCCUCUGCUGACUGCCCUCGUCGUAUCUGAAAAGUACAACCUCGCUGUUGUUUGGUUGCGGCAUGCAGAGUGUCUGAAGGCUUUGGGCCACAUGGAGGCAGCAGCAGAAAGCUACACCAAGGUGGUGGAGAUGGCUCCGCAGCACCUGGAGGCCCGGCUCUCCCUUGCCACACUGCAGCAACAGUUGGGCCGCAUGGAUUGUGCCCUUAAGGCGCUGGAGUCCAUGUAUGAUAGCAACAUACUAGCACACGAUUCUUCAGCCGCACAAAAGGAGUUAAAGCUUUUGCUCCAUCGCUCUACACUCCUGAAGACACAGGGAAAAAUGCAGGACUACCUGGACACUGUGAUCACUAUGAUCUCUAUGCUCCUCAAGGUGGCCAUGCAGCGCGCUAAGGUGUGUGUGAGCUCUGUAAACGUGUCAGGUGAGAAUCACCUGAGGCUCGUGAAGGUUGAAGACAUGCUACCAGAGAUUGCUGACCAUGAAACGGCCUAUCUGGACAACACUGGUAAAACCAAUGUCCUGUCCAAAGAGGACUGGUGGCAGCUGCUGCUGAGCUGUGUGCUGACACUGUGUGAGGUGCAGCGUUAUGAAGAGGCGGAGAUGCUUGUGGAUUCGGCCAUGGAGUUCUACUCAUUCUAUGACAACAAGCCCAGGAGGAAAGAACUGGAGUUCAUUGGCCUGUCUGCCACAAUCCUGGACCACAACUAUUACAAGGCCUAUAACUACAUCAGACUGAUGCUGUUGGAAAAUGUGGCUCUGCCUCAGCUUUGGAAUAUUUUUAACCAGCUGACAAUAACUUCGCAGCACCAGCGCCACCAUCGCUUCUGUCUGCGCAUGCUGUUUAAAAAUCCUGACAAUCACGCCCUCUGUGUUCUCUGCGGACAUAACGCCAUGGUGUCAGGGAGCUUCAAACAUGCUCUUGGUCAGUAUGUUCAGGCCUUCCAGACUCAUCCCAGCAAUCCACUGCACAGCCUGUUUGUAGGUCUCACCUUCUUCCACAUGGCAUCUCAGAAGUUUGUGGCUAAACGGCACACGCUGGUGCUGCAGGGUUUCUCCUUCCUGUGGCGUUACGUAGAGCUUCGUGGAGAGUGUCAAGAGAGUAUGUACAACAUAGGCCGAGCGCUGCACCAAAUGGGCCUCACACACUUGGCUAUGCAUUACUACCAAAAGGCGCUUUUACUACCAGCAAAAAAACUGGAGGGCAUCCCAGGUGACCAGGUUGAUCUAAGGAGGGAGAUUGCCUUCAACCUGUCACUCAUUUACCAGGCCAGCGGUGCAGUGGAAAUGGCCAGAUACCUCCUUAACACACACUGCAUUAUUUGAAAAUGCACACUCGUCUUUACUGGUUCUUUUUCAUUAGAAAUUUGACCUUAUUUCUAGCAACUAAACCCCCAGGAUUCAGGAAGUCUUAUUUAUUAAAAAAUGUUUGUAAAUAUUUACCAUUUUGUAUGGCGUAUGUGAGUUCUACAUUUGUGUUGAUUUAUCUCUGUAUUUCAGUGUCUGAUGAUAAGGUAGCAAAUCACAUUUGGGGCAUGUACUAAUACUGGAUCUUUCAGUUGUAUUAUUUUUGCAAGACCUUUAGUGUCUGUCUGCUGUUAUAAAAAUUACCCUAGAAAACCCCUUGUUUACUUUAAUAAAAAAAAUACAGAACAAAGUAUUUGCCUUUGUUUUAGGUGACAGUGUUAGCCACUGAUCCACCAUGCUAGCUGACAACAGGAUAAAUCAUUACCAAAUCUCAGAAUCAUGUAUAAAAUGUCAAAAUUCAGUUCAAUUUUAUUUAUACAGCGCCAAAUCACAACAACAGUUGCCUCAAGGCGCUUUAUAUUGUAAGGUUUAUAUGGUAAACCUUCUACAAUAAUACAUACAGAGAAAAACCCAAUAAUCAUAUGACCCUCUAUGAGGAAGCACUUUGGUGACAGUGGGAAGGAAAAACUCCCAGGAAGGAGCUUCCAGCAGAACCAGGCUCAGGGAGGGGCGGGGCUAUCUGCCACGGCCGGUUUGGGUGAGAAAAAGAAGACAGGAUAAAGACAUGCUGUGAAAGAGAGCCAAAGAUUAAUAACAAGUAUGAUUCAAUGCAGAGAGAAAAGGGGGAAGGAAUGGAGCCGAGUCUCCAACUGCUGCAUCUGUAACAAAACACAUUAAGAGUGCUGAAGACCUGAGGCAACACACCUCCAUGACAACCAUCCUUCAGCAGAAAGAAGAGGGAGGCCCCAGAUGGCCUAAACUUAACUUAAACUUAAAGUCUGCAUUUGUACACCACUCUGUAUUUAAUCUUUAGUUAUUAUUGACCUCUGGCUCUGUCUUUAAUCCUGUCUUCCCUCUCUCACCCUAAACCAGUCACGGCAGUUGGCCGCCCAUCCCUGGCCCUGGUUCUGCCAGAGGUUUCUUCUAUUAAAAGGGUAUUUUUCCUUCCUUUAAAUAAAUUUGAAUUGAAUUAAGCCCUUCAUUUUCAGAGGAGCAACGCAGGCAGUGGAGCCCAUUUGUUGCUAAUGGGUUCAGUAUGGUUCGCCAUUGACAGACUGCAGGGAGGUAUGGACUGCAAAGUGUAUCUGUUGCCAGAUGUAGGCAGUAUCCAAACUUUCAACUAAUGCACGUCAAACUACAUAAACAAUAAUUGUGUUGGAUGGUUUUGUC